AUGCCAAGCCCCAAGAAGAAUGGCGACAGGGCAGGCGCUACAAGAUGGACAGGCGCAGAUUGGUCGUCGUGCAGAGGCGAGUCGAGUCGCGUCGUCGAGAUGAUCAGGAUCAGUGAAAUGAUCAACAGCUCCGCAAACACGGCAGCCUCGUGGCAGACCGUUGCCAAGGCCAAGGAAGACAUCACAUACCAACACCCUACCCGUCGCAUUCUCUCCAAGAAAGAUCAUCAUCUCUUCCUCGCCUCUCCUACCUACAACUUGCUCACGGCCUUCGUCUUUGGACUUUCAGACUCAGUCCGCGAGACAACUGUAACCACUGUUCAGAAAGCAGAAAGAGACCCGAUAGUCAACACGAUAGUCAAAAUCUUGGACGAAGCUGAGAGACUGGUUGCUGACUGUCCUGCUGAAGACGCUGGCGGCUCCCGCUUCGGCAACAAGGCUUUCGUCACAUACCUCGACAAGGUCGAAUCACUGCUUAGACAAUGGCACGACAAGCUCGGUGUGACAGAGACUGCUGCUCAAGACGAUGUCUCAACAUACAUCUUCCACUCCUUUGGCAACAAGACUCGCAUCGACUACGGCUCUGGUCACGAGCUCAAUUUCCUCAUCUGGCUACUGUGUCUAAACCGCCUGGACCUCCUCCCACAGUCUACCUUCCCACAACUCGCCCUGGUCGUCUUUCCUCGCUACCUCCGCGUCAUGCGUGUCGUUCAGUCCACAUACUACCUCGAACCUGCUGGCUCACAUGGUGUCUGGGGUCUCGAUGACUACCAAUUCGCUCCUUUCCUCUUCGGCAGCGCCCAGCUCGUUCACCACCCUCACAUCCGACCAAUGUCAAUACACAAGCCUCUUAUCCUCGAAGAGUGCUCGAAGGACUAUCUGUAUCUCGACCAAGUCGCAUAUGUCAACAGUGUCAAGAAUGUUGAUGGUUUGCGUUGGCACUCUCCUAUGCUCGACGACAUCAGCAGUGCGAAGAACUGGGAAAAGGUAGAGGCCGGUAUGAAGAAGAUGUUUGUCGCCGAGGUCUUGGGCAAGCUUCCUGUUAUGCAACACUUUCUCUUUGGCGGUCUGGUGCCUGCCGUCGAUGGCAUGAGCACAGAAGAAGAGACUGAUGUUGCCGGUGAGAUGGAGGAACCGGAAGGCGGUCAAGGUCAAGUCGCUCCAGAAGGUGGCAUGAAGCAUGUUCACGAUCACAGCGGCAAGACUUGGGACGACUGCUGUGGUAUCAAGGUACCCUCUGCCAUUGGCGCCAUGCAAGAGAUGAAGAAACGACAAGGUGGUGAAUCUUUGAGACGAUUGCCCUUUGAUUAG